AUGAGGUGCCGCUUUGGCGCUGGGCGCGGCGUCGCUGGCGGCCUGCCUGCCGCUCUGGUGCUGCUGCUGUGCUGGCCCGCUGCCGCAUCGCGCAUGCUGCCGGGCGCGGCAUCCUGUGACAGCUGGCGCGCCGGGUCGCCGUCGGUCUCGCACGGCGCCAGCGUCUGCGCCUGCUCCCAGCGCUGCAGCACGGCAAAGAGCGCGUGCGAGGCCGCGCCGCCGCCGCGCGCCCCCGAGGCCGUCCCCGCUCCCACCUGCCAUCAGCCCCCCCGCCCACGCCGCGCCUUCUUCGCACCCGCUCCCAUCCCUUCCUGCCGAUUGCCUCUGCCUUCUCCUUCGCCCGUCUCUUCUGCACCGCCGCAGAGCAGCCCGUUGCGCAGCACACCUCGCUUCACCGCCAGGCCGGCCUCUCGCUGUCGCACGGACGUGUCUGCGCGUCCGCGUCUCGCCGUCUCCCACGCCGCUCCGCGUCUGCCGCGGCGUCGCGCACCCACACUCCCUCUUCCUUCUGCCCCGCUCGCCGGCUACGCCCUCGUUGCGCGGCGUGUCAGUCCCUCGCUCGCGGCUCUGCGACCUCGCAUGGCCCUGCUGCAGUCGUCCAGCGCGUCGGUCUCGCCGUCUCUUUCGCACGCACACGCAUCCGCCCACCCGCACGCCUCGCCGCGCGCACACACGCCGGAGCGCGCCGCCAUGUCUGAGCGGCCCGCGUGGAUGAGCCCGGACCGCCCGUCGCUCGCGCUCGACGGCGAUGCCAGCGAGGCGCGCCUGCGCGCCCAGGCGCGUGCCAGCGACGACGGCGCUGGCCAGCCGCUGAUGCCGCCGUCGCCGCCGCCCGUGCCCGGCGUGCAGCCGCGCACCAGCCUCGUGCCGCCGAUGCGCAACUCGUCCGCCUCGCCGCCCGGCCACGGCAUCGCCGAGCCGCGCACCUACUCGCCCACGGUGCAGGAGCGCUCGCCGCCGCAGCACGGCGCGUCGCCCGGCUACGCGCCCGCGCUGCCGCCGUCAUCGCGCACCGACACCUUCCUUGCCUCGCUCAUGCGUGCCGGCAGCGACGCGUCGGCCGCGUCGCCGGAGCACGCUGCUGCCGCGCACGGCGGUCACCCUGGUUCGGCGCCUGGCGGCUCGUCUGCUGUCUCGUCGCGCUCGGGCAGCCCUCACGCGAACGGCUAUGCCAAUGGCGGCGGUGCGUAUCCUCCGCACCGUGCACCCUCGCCGCGCCGCUCACUCGGCGAGACAGGACCCGGCAUGGGCCGCUCGAGCAGCGACCGUCAGCGCGCCGCCGCCGGCGCGCCCGGCUCGCUGCCGGGCAGCGUUCACGGCACGGCCACGGCGACGUCGAGCCCUCGCCUGCCCAGCUUUGCCAGCCUGACCCGUCGCUACGAGGACGAGGCCGCGCAGCAGCAGCAGCAGGACGGCACCGACGGCUGGCGCCCGCGCAGCGCCCGCGACGACAUGCCCUUCGACGCACGCUCCGGCGAGCAGCGGCAGCGCGGCAGCAGCGCCGAAAAGGUGCUCGGCAAGCGCAAGAGCGAGUGGCCCGACGUCGGCCCGGCUGCGUCGCCGUACACCAGCCGUGCGCCGUCGGUGCUCACCGAGGCGCACCCGCGAUACCCGGCCGACCGCGCUUCGCCGUACGCGCAGCAGCACAUGCCUGGCUUCGGCCCUGCGGAAGGAUCUGGAGAGGGCGACCGCUCUCUUGCGCCCUUCCGCCCGCUGCCGCCGCCGCCUUCGCGCGGAGCGCUCGUCGCACAGACCAUGACCACUGAGGACCGCCGCGCGGCCACUGCUCGUCUGAUCCGCGCGCACAUGGCUGCUCAGCUCCACGCCGCAGAAGCGCCCGCGGCUGCCGGCUGGGAGACCGAGGCGCCGCGUGCUGCCGUGCCCCUCGCGACAACGGUGCGCAUCAGCCACGCGGCCGUGGCUCAGAAGUCGUACGGCUCGGAGAAGCGCUUCCUGUGUCCGCCGCCGUGCGUGACGUUCCGCGGCGCGCCGAUCCGCUCGUACGUGGCCAACAACGGCGCCGUCGCGCCUCCGCAGGGCUCGGCGCGCUCGCCAGCCUCGGGCCACCGCAUUCUGAUGCGCGUCACCGGCGCCGGACAGCAGAACGCUGCUGCGCCCGCACCGGCUGCUGACGCCAACGGCGUUGCCGGCGGUGCUGCACCUCCUUCUAACGUGGCCGAGCAGGUUGGCCUGCUCCGCGCCGGCAACGUGACUGCGCACGAGGCGUACUUCAAUGGCCUGCACGUCGGCGGCGACAUGCGCAGCGACGGUGCACACAAGACGUUCCGCCUGCAGGUCGAGCUGCUCACACCGCCCGGCACGUCGCUCGCGCACACCAACAUGUACCCGAUCUCGCCCUCCGCCGGCUCGCUCGGCGGCUACGAGGCCUCCGUCGGCUACGCGGCGCGGCCGUGGGCGAGCAUCGUGUCUGGUGCCAUCAGCGUGAUCAGCAAGCCGGCGCGCAAGAGCGCCAAGUCGCGCAACAACUCGAGCACCGUCGUGAGCAACAGCCUGGUGUGCCUCUACAACCGCGUCAACAGCCAGACGGUGCGCACGCGCUUCCUCGGCAUGGAGAGCACGCAGGAGGAGGGCUCCGGCCGCCUGACUGCCAAGAUGGAGGGCUGGGCCCCGCUGCGCAUGGAGGUUGUGGGCCGGCCCAUCAAGGCGCCGACGUUCGCCGGCGAGCCCGUCAUGUACGGCCAGAUUGUCAUCCUCACGGAUGAGAGCGGUCUGUCGUCGGACCCGCUGCUCGUGUGCCGCGUCGACAAGGGCAAGGUCGAGCUCAGCACCGACAUCACCGCCGGCGGCCUGCCCGAUGGCGCUGCCUCGCGUUCGCCGAGCGCCACUUUCCGCCUCACGGCUCGCGGCCAGACGGACGUGCGCGUGGCAGGCGUGCCGCGCAGCGCCGCCGAUGCUCCCGACGCCGCCGGCGCAUCGGCAGCCAGCACCGUGAGCCUGCCUACCAACGCCGGUCCCGUGAGCCAGAUGCAGAAGAUCGCGCUGCUGCGCAUCCUGCCGCAAUACGUCAUGCGCAUCAGCAGCACCGACCCGUCGCUCAUUGCGCUGCGGCUGCCGGCCGCAGAGCGCACGUACCUCUGCUCGACGAUCCCCGAGCGUCGCGCCGAGGGCUGGAAGUCGUCGACGUCGUCCAUGUGGGCCGCCGCCGGCUGGGUCGACGAGAACAAGGACGGCUCGCGCACUGUCGCCUUCGCGGCAGCGCACAUGCCUCGCACGCAAGAGCAGAUCGAAGAGGACCAGAUGCAGCUCGCGCAGCAGGCGCAGCUGGCACAGCAGGCGCAGCAGCAGGCCGAGCUCGACGAGGCGGCCAAGAUGGAGCACGCCGACGCGGCGCACGCACACGAUGCCGCGCCGCCGGCGGAGCACGUGCAGGACGAGCAGAUGGCCGAGCCCUCCGCAGACAUGCACGCGCCUGCUCCCUACGGUGGCGCGGAAGAGGUGGCUGCGCCCGAAGCCGCACCGGCCCAGCUGUCGCCAAGCCACGCGCCCGCGCCCGCCCCGCGAGCGGACUCGCGCUCUCCGGCGCCUGGCCCCGCCGCGCCCGGCCCGUCGGCGCCGAUGCAGUCGACGUCGGCUACCUACGCCACGCCCAGCAAGAGCACGCGCGAGAACAAGGUUGGCAGCGGACCUUUUGCCGAAGAAGUCGACAUCGAUGCGGUCGACGACACGCUCUGCUGGUCGGUCGUCAUGGUCCACCAAUCCGAGUUCAGCUUCAUCGAGGCCAACAGCGAGGUCGACGCGGCGCAGAACCUGCAGCCGCUGCAGCAGCCGCUGCCGCCGUCCAACCUGCCGAUUACGCCCAUUCCGCUGCUCAAGUCCGCGCCGUCGUACGAUGCGGAGCACAACAUCCUCACGGCGCGCAUGCAGGAUCUGUACUAUACGCUUCCCGGCGCCGAGGGCGCUCCGUCGCGCCAGGCGAUGCACGAGGUGUGGCUGGGCGACGUCGGCCCGCUGGCCUUUGACGUCGUCAGCGCGCCGCACAUCGUCUCGCAGGCGCAGGCCGGCCAGGCCACCACGCACGUCGACAUUGCAGUUCGCCUGCCGUCCUUGCUGGACAUUGCGGCGGCGGCCAGACGCAUCAAGAGCCCCGAGCUCGCCCAGUCGGCAUCGGCUGGCCAGCACCACGGCUCAGUCGACCACGUAGAGGGGCACCAGCACCAGCAGCACGACGAUGGCGCGCCGCUGCCUCCGCCGCCGGCUCCCCUGGACGCGGGCGCCGAGGAGCUCUCUCACGCCGACGGCAUGGAGCACCAGAGCUCCAGCCCAGCAGGCAAGCUCGUCGCGCCGUACGCCUCGACGCAGGCGCAGCAGCAGGACAGCUCGCAGCAGGACAUCGCGCCGCUGCCGCUCAUCUUCGUGCGCGGCUUCGACGGCAUGGUGUACCCGACGGCCACGUCCGUCUACAUCGAUGCGCCGCGCGGCGGCGUGCCCUCGGCCUCGCUCGCGGAGGACUCCAACUGGUGGAAGCUGCGCAUCGCCUAAAGCACCUCGUCCGGCCUCGUCACCGUCUUCCCGAACCCUCAAACAAAACCUCGGCGCCUGCGACCGGUGCUGACAGCCGUCAGCAUCGGCAGCAGUUGCGUCCUCUCUCGAUUCGUCCAUCGGCUCUGCUCCUCGUCCACCAGCCCGCGCGUGCUACCUCACUGCCUCUCUCACUAAUCUCUCUCGACGCCAGCGAGGCCAGCGGCCGGCGCAAGUCUGCUACGGCCUCGCCGCCGAUCCUCAUCGCGCGCAACAGUCGUGCCUGCACUCGUCGAGCCCUCGUCGGCCAGCUCGGGCUGGCAGUCGCAGGACCGUCGUCGUUCCCUCCGUCGCUCUGGCGCCUCGUCGUCGCUCCGCCACGACCGGCCCACACUUGAGCUCCGCGCCCCUGUCCCCAUUCCCUCCCCUCGCGCCCUCUCCCGCAUCGCUAAUACGAAACUGAAAUACAACUGUUCCUCUC